UAGCGGUUAUGGUGGGGUGUUGUUGCUCUAAAGAAGUCAGAGUAAAGAUUGUGUUUGGGUACUCUGCCUUUUCAACUCUGAUGCAUGUAUCCGCAGCACUCGUCUUUGGAGUAAAGUUCCAAUUAUACACGGUAGCAAUGUGGGCAGCAAUAGGAGGACUGUACGCCCUCUCAGUAGCCACUCUACACGGUCUAGCCAUCCGCCAAUCACUCCGUCCUAAUCCCAACUCUAUAGUUAUCCAGCUGCUCCCUGCCAUCUUACUAAGCGCUGUACUGGGAAUGAUAUUCUCUCUGGGGGUUACUGUGUAUGGCCUUGCUAAAGCCAUUUCCUUAAAAGAGGAUUUAGUCAUAUCGUCACACUACAUUCUCGGUGUGUGGGGAUUUCUGUGCUUUAAGUGGUCCUACUACCUCUUCCAGCAGUCCCGUCGCUACACCAGAUCUUACCACCUUGAUACUGAAGAUGCAGCUCCUUUCGUUAUUCAGGAGGUCCUCCCCGAACAAGAGGACAUGAGAUGAGAUGAUCCAAUUUCGGUCAAUUAAAUAUUGAACUAAAUUAGUACUGAUAGUAUAAGUAUAGGCUAUGAAGUUUCUUAAAAUUGGACUGAAAUGCAGUAUGUCUAUUCCGUCCAGGUAUAUACUUAUGAUUUCUGGUGUUGCAUUUUGUUGUUUUCUAUCAUUGGUAGCUUGUUCUUUAGCUUUCAAUCAUGUUUUAUUUGUUUUGCAAUUUAAUAGGAUAAUCAUUUUUCACGGCAUGGUUUUUGAACUAAUUCCAUGACAUGUUUUUUAGUGUUUUUGGUAUUUAAUGUAUUUAAUUUUAAGUAACUUAAUUAAGUUAGUAACUUAUCUACCGACUUUAUCAUGCAUUCGAUUAUUCUUAAUAACUUAAUAAGGAGACACGGUUGAUCAACAAUAUUUUACGAUUAUAUUAAUCCUUCAAAAUGUAAAGGGAUGGUGUUUAUAUCUCGGGAAUUCUGGAAUUUUAGAAUUCAAUUUAACAUACUAAAAUUAUCUAACUAAUCGCUGAAAUUGUUUCCUACAAGUAUUUUCCUGGAGACAGUGUUUUCCUAGACAGUUUGUAUGUGUUUGUACGUUUUUUGAUUAAAAAAAUUUUAGCCGGCCAAUGUGGACCGAAUUUUUAUUUGUAUUGUCAGAAAUGGAUUUGUUUGUUCUUUUAGAUGACCAAUAUUUUGAUCAAGGAAAAUUAAGGCAUAUAAUCUGCUCUUUGGGCCGUGAAACCUUGUGCUACAAGGGAAUACAUAUUAUAUAACUGUGUCGAUACUAAGCUAUCUUUCUUGUCAAUUUGUAUAGCAAGUAAUCUACUGUGAAUUUUAUGUUGUGCAAUUUAUCCAUUUGUCUCGCUAG